AUGUCCGAUCAAGACACUCACCCAAAUAGGUACAGUGAAUUGCGAAGUAUGUGUAAAUACUACAUCGAUUUGUAUAAUGCGUUGUAUCAGCUGAAAACUGAAAAUGAAGAAGAAAUACACAAGAUUUUCAAAAUGAUCAAAACAGAAUUGAUUGAUUCAAAGAAAUUACUUCCUCAUACUAUUAUACGUGACAUUUUAUGUAUCAUUCCGUAUAAUAAUCGCUAUACAAAGGCUUAUUUAUCUCUCGCCAAACUCAUAUAUGAUAAUUAUCAAAUAAACGAAGAAAUCGAUGUUCCAUUAACUGUUAGAUACAUAUUUUAUAAAGAAUAUGGAAUUAAAUUAAAGAAAUCGGAUAAUUUUAAAACAAUUAAAAUAGAAGAUCUCGAUAUUCAUACAGAAAAUACAAUAUACAGAGCAAUUAUGUAUAAUGACUUAGAAAGAUUCAUCGCUAUCACUGAAAUAGAAGGAUUUAAUGAAAAUCUAAAACUUCAAAGCAAAAUAUACGCAUUAUGUGAGGGAGGAUAUUCAUUACUUGAAUUAUGCUGUUACCAUGGAGCAGUUGAUUGUUUCAAGUUAUUAAGAACGAAAUAUGAACCAGAAAUAACUCAAACAUGUCUAUAUUUAUCAUUUUUAGGAGGAAAUGCAGAUAUCAUGAGUGAAUGUUUGAAACAUCAAAAACCAAAUCAAGAAUGCAUGAAAUAUGCAAUUAUUUCUCACAACAUUGAUUUUGUUACAUUCUUGAUAAGUGAAUUUAAUAUUAAGAUCAAUUUAAAAUAUUGUGCAAUAUUUAAUAAUCUUGAAGCAUUAUUAGUUUAUUUUGAUCAAACAAAUGAUGUUAACACAUGCUUUCUUUAUUCAGCAAGGUUCAAUAUUCUAUCCUUACUCAAAUACUUCCUUUCACAUGGUGCAAAUAUCAAUGAAAAAAAUGAAAACGGAGAAACUGCUCUUCAUAUUGCAGCAUUGAAUAAUAGCAAAGAAACAGCCGAACUUCUUAUUUCACAUGGUGCAAAUAUCAAUGAAAAAGAUAAUAGUAAAAGAACCCCUCUCUUUGAUGCAGCAGAAAAUAAUAGCAAAGAAACAGCCGAACUUCUUAUUUCACAUGGUGCAAAUAUCAAUGAAAAAGAUAAAUAUGGACAAACAGCUCUUCAUUAUGCAGCACGUUUUAAUAGUAAAGAAACAGCCGAACUUCUUAUCUCACAUGGUGCAGUUAUCAAUGAAAAAGAUAAAGAUGGAGAAACCACCCUUCGUUAUGCAGCACGUUUUAAUAGUAAAGAAAUAGCCGAACUUCUUAUUUCACAUGGUGCAAAUAUCAAUGAAAAAGAUAUUAUUGGAAAUACUGUUCUUCAUAUUGCAGCAAAGAUUAAAAAUAGUAAAGAAAUAGCCGAACUUCUUAUUUUACAUGGUGCAAAUAUCAAUGAAAAAGAUAACGAUGGAAAAACCGCUCUUCAUAUUGCAGCAAGAUUUAAUAGAAAAGAAACAGCAGAACUCCUUAUUUCACAUGGUGCAAAUAUAAAUGAAAAAGAUAAUAAUGGAGAAACAGCUCUUCAUUAUGCAGCAGUAUCUAAUAGUAAAGAAACUGCUGAAUUUUUUAUUUCACAUGGUGCAAAUAUCAAUGAAAAAGAUAAUAAUGGAAAUACUGCUCUUCAUAUUGCAACAAAAAAUAAUAGAAAAGAAACAGCCCAACUUCUUAUUUCACUUGGUGCAAAUAUCAAUGAAAAAGAUAUAUAUGGAGAAACAGCUCUUCAUAAAGCAGCAUUGAAUAAUAGAAAAGAAACAACUGAACUUCUUAUUUCACAUGGAGCAAAUAUCAAUGAAAAAGAUAAAUAUGGAAAAACCGCUCUUCGCCUUGCAGCAUGGAAUUAUAGUAAAACAACAGCCAACCUUCUUAUCUCACAUGGUGCAAAGUAUUAG